UUGUAGGUCUGUGCCUUAUGUCUGUGGGUUCAGCUUUGUGCUCUCCCUGUCUCGUCAGUGUAAUCAGCAUCAGCUGUGUCUCCCAGCUGUUUCCUCUUAGCGCUGUUCACCUCUUGUAUUUAGUGUCUGCGUCUUCCCUGCUAGUUGUCGUGUUCUACCCUCACUUUCACUCUGUGUUCUGUUUGCCAGCCUGCCCACCUGUUUAGUUUGUUCAGUAUUCACAGUUUAGUUAGUUUUUUGUUCAGUUUCUUCCCAGCAAUAAAGCUGAGUAUUUUGAGUUACUUCUGUCUCUGUGAGUGCUGCAUUUUGGGUCCUCUCUUCCUGCCUGCCUGCACAAAGCCAUGACAAGUUGUUUCUGCUAAGCGUGGCCCAACUACUUAAUAGGGGCAAUCACUUUUUCACACAGGUGGAUAAUACUUUCCUUGUAAGCUUGGUGGGGCUGAGGCCAGAGAAACACUUCUGGAUAGGUCUCUCAAACCUGAAAAACAGAGAAUAUUUUAUGUGGACCAACAAUGCCUACGCGAGAUAUACUCACUGGAACACUCAUAUGCCAGGUCACGUGCAGGGUUGUGUUGCUAUGGCAACUGGGCAUUCUGCUGGCCUUUGGGAUGUGUUGUCUUGUACCAAUAAGGAAAAAUACAUCUGUAAACACCUGGCAGAGGGGGCAGCUUUAACCCCUGCUCCACCAACCACUGCCACACCUAACUGCACAGAUGGAUGGAUUAAGAUGCAAUCCAGAGGCAUCUGUUAUAAGAUCUUUCCAGAGGCUUCAGAAAAGAGAAAGACCUGGUACGAGGCUAGAGAUUACUGCAGAGCCAUUGGAGGAGACCUAGUCAGCAUUCACAGCGGUGCUGAUUUACUACGGACAUACAAUAACAUCUACAAUCAUUGGCCUAAUCAAUACUGGAUUGGACUUAGUGCUCCUGACCCAGACACAGGUUAUGUAUGGAGUGAUAGAUCCCCGGUAAACUUCCAAGACUGGAAAGAUGGAGAACCAAACAAUAAAAAUAACGCUGAAUUGUGUGUUGAAGUAGAACGCGUGUAUUGGGAUAACAUUUUGCUUUGGAGUGAUGUGCCCUGUGAGAAGUACAAUAACUGGAUUUGUCAGAUCCACGCAGGAGUCACCCCAAAGCCGGCUCCAGACCCUGUCACCCCUGAGUAUAACACGACCUCUGAUGGGUGGCUAGAAUGGAAUGGGGCUCAGUAACAUUAACAAAAAGGCGAUGGCCAUGGAGGACGCUCGUAUGUUCUGCAGACAGAGGCAUGGUGACCUGGUAUCUAUCAACAGUGAAGCAGAAAGGAUAUUUUUAUGGAAACAGAUUUCAACAGGUUAUCAGAAUUCUUGGAUUGGCCUAUCUGUAGAUCUUGAUGGAACAUUUCAGUGGAUGGAUGGUUCUCAAGUGGUGUUUCAAAGGUGGGAUGAAAAUCAACCUGAAUUCAAGAACUUUGAUGAAAACUGUGCUGUCAUGACACAUCAUAAUGGUGAGUGUACCGAAAUAAUAACAAGAAGAGCCCAUAGAGAGUUUUUAGAGCACCUCUACAACCAUGUAUUCUGAUCAUGAUUCUGCUUAUUACAUAAACUACAAGAACUGAUAGCUGGCUUGUGUGAUAUCAAAACUGAUUAAAGAUAGAGUUGAUUUGAUUUUUUUAAAAUCUAUCAUUCGAGUUGAUUAUAUGAUUAAUUUACUAUA